AUGGAGGUCACAACUCGCGUCCUCAUUGGCUGUCGCCUUUUGCAGUCCACGUGUAUUACCUUCCACAGCAAGUUUGUCACGCCCCCGAAGGAACCGCACACAUCCUCCUGCUGGAACACUGCCGCCUACGCUACUCCGCCCUCACAUGCUGCUUCCACCUACCACUUCCACCCUCACCAGUACGCCAGCCUUGCACUGGGUGGCGUGGCACACGUGAGUCCAGCUGUUCCUCAGUCCGUUCCCAGCGCCGUCACUCACGAUGCCAUUCCUCACCAACAAAGCAACAUCGCCGCCGCUCUCCUCACCGCUCACUCGUCGCUCACUGUUCGGCGUUGUCGACGAUGCCGCUGUCCUAACUGCCAGGACACUUCGCGAGACGCUUCAGCUGCCAAGAAGAGGGAACACGUGUGCCAUGUUCCAGGAUGUGGCAAGCUCUACGCCAAGACUUCUCACCUCAAGGCACAUCUGCUCUCGCACAGCGGAGAACGCCCCUUCGUGUGCCACUGGAUCUUCUGCAACAAGGCCUUCACUCGAUCCGACGAACUUCAGCGCCAUCUCAGAACGCACACCGGUGAAAAACGUUUCCAGUGUGAAGAGUGCGGAAAACGUUUCAUGCGUUCUGAUCAUCUGAACAAGCACGUCAAGACGCACCAGAACCGACGCGCCCGUCUUGCUUCUGCUUCUCCUGCCGAAGGUGACGACGUUGACGUGGAACUGUGUGACGAUGAGGAGUUUCUCUCCGUUACUCUGCCAGACUCUCCCGUGUCUGAGACGGAUUUUCUAGAGGAUGAUGAUGUAACGGGGAAUGAUCAGAUAAACAGCAUCAACCAGUUUCUAUGA